UGUAAUUGCUUAGCGUUACGAAACUCCAACUCUCGAUACGGCAAUGCAAUACCAGCUGUUCGUAAAAUAUAAUAUUGCUAGUUUAACAUGUCAGAUGAGGAAUUGGCCGGUUCUGAAUUGGGCACAAAAUCUUACUGGGACCGGGCUUACAAUCGUGAAAUUAAGAACUACAAAUGUAAUGGCGAUGUUGGGGAAAUUUGGUUUGAUGAGGAUUCUCAAUUUCGAAUAAUCGAUUGGAUAUUAAAGCAAUACAAGGCUAAACGUAAUUCACAUAUUAUUGACUUGGGCUGCGGUAAUGGUAUGCUAUUAGUAGAAUUGGCUAGAGAAGGAUGUGUAAAUCUACUAGGUAUAGACUAUUCUCCAAAAGCGAUUAGCUUAGCCGAAAAAAUUGCUCAUGACCAAGGCUUAACGAUUCGUUACUCGGUGGCGGACUUAAUGGACGUUCAGGCCUGCAGUUUACUGGGUGAAUUUGACAUCAUUCACGAUAAAGGAACAUAUGAUGCAGUUUCUUUAUGCCCACACAAUCCUAAGGAGAAAAGGUUAUUAUACAUGGACACUGUGUGCCGUUUAAUGGGCUGCAACGGCAUUUUCAUUAUUACGUCUUGUAAUUGGACUGAAGAAGAAUUAAUCAAAGCCUUCCAAAACUUAUUUACAAAAUAUUGCACCAUACCAACACCAAGCUUUAAGUUUGGUGGUACAAUUGGCAACGUAGUUACUUCCAUUGUCUUUAAAAAAAAAGCUAAUUAGACAACCAUUCUUUGGAUAAAAAAAAACUGACCACAUAGUAAUUGUUUACAGCAUCUGUCUUUCUAAAUGUGAAUAGUGCAGAUAGAAAAGAUGAUUUGCUUAUC